UUUUCGGAAUCGAGGUUUGGGAGGCUCGACCUACACCCCACCUCCCCCUCUCUUUUGGUUCUCCAGAAGCGAGAGAAGGAAUGAGGAGCAAAUUGAGGUCCCCUCCUGGUGACCCCAGUUGUGCAGGAUCACUGGAUGUCCCUCACGGCUCCGACCACCUCGGAGGUCGCCGGAAAUGGGGGCCCGAUCUCCCCCAUGCCCUCUCUCUCUACUGGUUGAAGAGAGAGAGGGGGGAUGGGGGAGACAUGGCCCCCUCCUAGCUACCUCCCCACCAAGCAAGGUCAAUGGAGCCGCAAGGGACAUCACAACGUAAAGAAUUCCGUCCUUCGUAGGUUAGGGCCAUCUUAGUCCUCUCAAUUAUAGAGGUAUGAGUAAUAUUCAUUCAUUGCAUCGACGGCUCUAUAAAAUCGUACAAUUGGAAAGAAGACUUAUAUUGAUUUUUGAAGAGCUCAUCACAAAUAAUAGUCAUUGACGAGAUUGUCUUACCUAUAUAUAUAUGUGUGUUCCUUAGUGAUUGUCGGUUCUUUUUACUUGCCCGAUGAUGCACGGGCCUUUCAUUUAGUUUUUAUAUAUGUAUAUAUGAUACAACCACCCACAUUGGGUGUGCGCCAUUUUCCCCAGUCAGUCUAGUCUGGGCAUGCGAUUAUUCUGGGAUGCUGCAUAUUUCUAUAUGCUGCUGAACUAGGUCCAAGAACUUUAUGUGCAUGUACAUGUGCUCAACAUGUUUGCUUAUACAUCACAUGCUCUAACAAGUAUCUCCAACGAUUAAUUACCGGAUCAUACCCGUUGAACUUACCAUUCAUGUCAUGAAUGGUUUAUGAGCGGCGUUGGUCAUCUGAUUGACGUAGGGUCGACCCUUUGAUCAUGGUGGGUUUCACCCCUCAAGUGUUGAUCCCAGUGCUAGCAAGACGCUCAUGAGCCGUCCAUGAAAUGAUAUGAGCGGUAGAAUUUCCCGAACUUUCAUGAUUUUAAUAAGCUGUUCACAGAACAUACGGAAUGUUCAUUUGCUAUUCAUGCCAAGGUCUCAAGCGCGUUCGCUCCAUCGUUGUCGUCCCUUUCUUUUCUCGUAAUCUUCGCACAACAGUGGUGGCAAAGCAAAAUAGACAACCACCUCGUUUAUCUCUCUCUCUCUCUCUCUCUCUCUCUCUCUCUCUCUCUCUGGCCCGAAACGCUGUCAAAACCAACAAAACCAACCCCCCCAAGUCAUUUUCUCAAUAUUUCGCUCAACGAACAUUUAACAGAGGAAUCAACGAAGUAAAAUGCUCAUAGCCAUCUCCGAUCCUCUCCCGCCAGACAUCUGACACCACCUCCAUCUGCUGCCCUCCCACCACCCCUGCCGUUCCCACUCGCCACCCGCCCUUGCCCCCAGUACUGAUCAAUGGGGCACGAGAUCCGCCGCGAGUUCUUCUCCGGCCCUCUCUCCAACUCGCCUCCUGAGCACAUCCGUCCCCACGUCCCCAUCGCGACCGACCUCGAGUGGCCCUUCGGGAAGCUCGACAGCCUCGAAGCUGACGACAUCCGCGAGACAUCGUACGAGGUGUUCUUCACAGCGUGCCGCUCGUCCCCUGGGUUUGGGGGCCGAACUGCAUUGGCUUAUUAUUCCACGUAUCAGGAGAACAGCAAUGGGGACGGAGCAGGGGGCCCUGGGGCGUCAGGCCGGGCAAAUGGCGUUGGAAUGGCCCCGACAAGUCGAGUGAAGAGGGCACUUGGGCUGAAAAUGUUAAAGAGGUCGCCCCAGAAGAGGAUGGGGGCGAGUGGCUGUGGAUUCGGGUCAUUCUCAGGACCUCUGAUGCCACCAGAAGGUCACAAGUCCGGCCCAAUUCAUGUGGCAGUUAGGCCGAGGCGGCCGCUAACAUCGGCAGAGAUCAUGAGGCAGCAAAUGAGGGUGACGGAGCAGAGUGACAAUAGACUCAGGAAAACGCUCAUGAGGACCCUAGUAGGCCAAAUGGGCAAGCGGGCCGAGACAAUAAUCCUUCCUCUCGAACUGCUCCGCCACCUGAAGCCCUCAGAGUUCAACGACUCACACGAGUACCAUAUCUGGCAGAAGCGCCAGCUCAAGAUCCUCGAGGCCGGUCUCCUCCUGCACCCCUCAAUCCCCUUGGAGAAGUCAAAUGCAUUUGCAGUGCGCCUGCGGGACAUUAUCCGUUCUAGUGAGUCAGGACCUAUUGACACGGGUAAGAACUCCGACACGAUGCGGACCCUUUUCAAUUCUGUGGUCUCCCUAGCAUGGCGCAGCGCCAAUGGGACCCCAACCGAUGUCUGCCACUGGGCAGAUGGGUACCCUGUGAACGUCCACCUAUAUGUCGCGUUGCUCCAGUCGAUAUUUGAUAUACGGGACGAGACAUCGGUCCUCGACGAGGUGGACGAACUACUGGAACUUAUGAAGAAGACAUGGUCGACACUUGGGAUCAAUCGGCCAAUCCACAAUGUGUGCCUCACUUGGGUGCUCUUCCACCAGUAUGUCGCCACAUCCCAGCUGGAGCCUGACCUCCUCGGGGCAUCACAUACAAUGCUAACAGAAGUUGCAGCCGAUGCAAAGAAACCCGACCGAGAUGCCCUGUUUCUCAAGGUCAUGUCGUCUGUGCUGGCCUCGAUAAGGGAAUGGUCUGAGAAGAGGCUCUUUAGCUACCAUGACUACUUCCAGAAGGGAACCAUAAGUGUAAUAGACAACUUGCUUCCACUGGCACUAACGGCCAUGAAGAUUAUCGGGGAGGACAUUUUGCUCACUGGAGAAUCACCAGAAAAGGAGAAAGAAGAAAGAUCCAUGAAUUCACAGGGCAAUCGCGUCGAUGGCUACAUCCGAUCAUCCUUGAAGAAUGCAUUCAAAAAGGUGAUCGAAGGCCAAAGCAUCGGCUGUGUCUUUGAUGACAAACAAGAGGCAAGUGAAGCUCUCCUUAAAUUGGCAGAGGAAACAGAGGCUUUGGCUCUUAAUGAGAAGGAACACUUCAGUCCGAUCCUCAAGAAGUGGCAUUCCAUUGCUUCGGGGGUCGCCGCAGUGACACUGCACAGCUGUUACGGGGCUGUCCUGAAGCACUACUUAAACUGCGCAUCUCAGCUCAGCAAUGAAACCGUGGAAGUGCUGCACAGAUCCGGAAAGCUCGAGAACGUUCUAGUCCAAAUGGUUGUAGAGGACUCGGGGGAAUGUGAAGAUGGAGGCAAAACAAUGGUGAGACAGAUGGUUCCUUACGAGGUUGACUCGAUCAUAUUAGGACUGGUGAAGCAGUGGAUUGAUGAGAGGCUUCAGAAAGGGCAACAUUGCCUCGAAAAAGCAAAAGACACUGAGACGUGGAAUCCGAAGUCGAAAACAGAACCUUACGCUCGAUCGGCUGUUGAGCUGAUGAAGCUUGCAAAAGAAACCAUCCAUGACUUCUUUGAAAUUCCAGUAGAGAUCACUGAAGAUUUAGUCCAAGACCUUGCCGAUGCUUUAGAGCAGCUUUUUGAGGAGUACAUUGCAGUUGUUGCAUCAUGUGGGUCAAAACAGAACUACAUGCCCGUGCUUCCUCCAAUGACAAGAUGUCACCGAGACUCGAAGUUCAUGAAGCUCUGCAAACGGGCAACCCCGUGCAGCAUUGCCUUGGAGGAUCCAACCCACCAUCAUAUGGGGCCAGGAAAGGAAGGCCUCCUCUCCCGCCCCACCACAAGCCGUGGGACACAGCGCCUCUACAUCCGCCUGAACACUCUGCACUACCUCCUGACAUACCUCAACUCCCUCGACAAGACCCUCUCGAUCUCACGCAGAGAUUCUCGGAACAGCACUUACUUCAGUGCAAAUAAUAGACAUCGGAGUAACAAGACCACUUCUUCCUCAUACUUCGACUCCUCUCGAUCAUCUAUUGCAGCAGCAUGCCAACUUGUGUCAGAAGUCGCAGCCUACCGGUUGACUUUCUUGGACUCAAAUUCCAUGUUUUACGAAAGUUUGUAUGUUGGUGACAUGGUGAAUACUAGUAUCCAACCAGUUCUUCAGGUUCUGAAGCAAAAUCUCACUCUACUUUGCGCCAUACUGAAUGACCGGGCCCAACCCUUGGCGAUAAAAGAAGUAAUGAAAGCAUCCUUUGAGGCCUACCUUAUGGUUCUGCUUGCUGGAGGACAUUCCAGGGUCUUCUACCGGUCAGACCACGAGAUGAUCGAAGAGGACUUCCGGAACCUGAAGAAGACAUUUUCCACUUGCGGUGAAGGGUUGAUACCAGAGGAUGUAAUGGAGAAGGAGGCAGAGAUUGUUGAAGGGGUGAUAGAUUUAAUGGGUGAGAGUACCGAACAACUGAUCGAGGACUAUAAUGCUGUGACCUCUGAAGCAAGCGGGAAAGAAGUGGUGGAUGCGGGACAUAAACUUCCAAUGCCACCGACCACGGGGAAAUGGAACAGGACUGAUCCUAAUACGAUACUGAGGGUGUUGUGCCACAGAGUAGAUCGGACGGCAAAUCAGUACCUUAAAAGGUCAUUUCACUUGGGCAAGAAGAGAUGAAAUGAAGACAAAUCGGUCUUAUGCCUUCGAGCAGAUUGGGAAGUUUUGUAAAGAAGAGCCAAGGGGGUGAAGGUUCGCGAGUGAAAGAACUUCAGAGCUGUAGAAGAACGUUUACCCCCUGAAUAACGGAACUGAUGAGAAGAGGUGAAGAAAUUCAAAUCGUGCUGGAAGAGUGCAUAGCUUUUCUCUCACUUUCUUUUGCUAUUGUAUCAUAAAACAUAGUCCACAUUAACUCGAAAUUAAGAUAGAAUGCACUAACAGGGCAAUAAUUUGGAAAGACAUGAAGUUCGACGAA